AUGGGGGCCAUAAAGAAGGACAAGAUUAAGGUAGAGAUAAAGCCCUUUAUUGACAUGACUAGUGUCCCCUACUUGUCAAAACUUGAAACGAUCCAGUACUCUGUCUCUUCUCUUUUCUCUCUCAACGCACCACCGACGGCCACCCCAAAACUCCCCCACCACCACCGACGCACCCCCUCACGAUCUGCUCUCUUCUCUCUCCUCCAUCUCACAGUCUCACACACUGUCAUCUCAUCGCACCCCCGCCGACGAGCAACCCCAAACCCGCCCCUACUACCACCGACACACCACCACGAUCUCUUCUUUUUCACAGGUCUCAAACUUGUUAUAAAUGCAUGGGUGCAUCUCUGGAAGCCCAUGGUUGAACAGAUGUACAAAGAAGAGACUGGUGAUACUGGAUGGACUCUAAUUCUUCAUCUGAAGGCAAACUUAAAGUAAGAAAAGGUGAUAUCACUGGAUGUGAGGAUAGAAUGAAGGUUUCAAACAAAGUGCAACUUCUGUACCCACCGAGCGACAUGGAAUCGGACAAUACCUCGACUCAAAGCACAAUCGCAUUCCCCAUGUGGAAAUGGAACUCUUAUGCAUGUCGUGUCGGUGUAUCCGUAUCGUGUCGUGUCCUACAUGCGAAAAAACUGAAAUGUCAUGAUUUGUUUGACCUUUCUUUUAUCAUUCGUAAUUUGUUAUGUAACUGUCAACACGAAUAUGUGCUUCACUUUGCCUUUCUAUAGUCAAACUUGAUUUUACUGA